CGCCUCCUCCUCGUCCUCCGCCUCCGCGGCCGCGGCCGGGAAAAUGUCGGUGGGGGCGCCGCCGUCGUUGUCGGCGGGGGACGGGGCGGCGGCGGGCCGGCAGAGGCAGCUGGAGGCCAUGAUCCGCGACCCACGGUCGCCCGUCAACGUGGAGACCCUCCUGGAUGGUUUGAAUUCCUUGGUCCUUGAUCUGAAUUUUCCCGCUCUAAGGAAAAACAAGAAUAUAGAUAAUUUCUUAAAUAGAUAUGAAAAGAUUGUGGAAAAGAUUAGAGGCCUACAAACUAAGGCAGAAGACUAUGAUGUUGUUAAAGUGAUCGGUCGUGGUGCUUUUGGUGAAGUUCAGCUGGUUCGCCAUAAAGCAUCGCAAAAAGUUUAUGCCAUGAAGCUCCUGAGUAAAUUUGAAAUGAUAAAAAGAUCAGAUUCUGCCUUCUUCUGGGAAGAAAGAGACAUAAUGGCCUUUGCCAAUAGUCCUUGGGUGGUUCAGCUUUUUUGUGCCUUUCAAGAUGAUCGAUACCUGUAUAUGGUAAUGGAGUAUAUGCCUGGUGGAGACCUUGUGAACCUUAUGAGUAACUACGAUGUGCCUGAAAAAUGGGCCAAAUUCUACACAGCUGAAGUCGUCCUUGCUCUUGAUGCAAUUCACUCCAUGGGCUUAAUCCAUAGGGAUGUGAAGCCUGACAACAUGCUUUUGGAUAAGCAUGGACAUCUGAAAUUAGCAGAUUUUGGCACUUGUAUGAAAAUGGAUGAGACAGGCAUGGUACACUGCGAUACGGCUGUUGGGACACCUGAUUACAUAUCACCUGAAGUACUGAAAUCUCAAGGAGGUGAUGGCUACUAUGGGCGAGAGUGUGACUGGUGGUCUGUAGGAGUUUUCCUUUUUGAGAUGCUUGUUGGGGAUACUCCAUUUUAUGCAGACUCGCUAGUAGGAACAUACAGCAAAAUCAUGGAUCACAAAAACUCACUUAGCUUUCCUGAAGAUGCAGAAAUCUCCAAGCAUGCAAAGAACCUCAUCUGUGCUUUCUUAACUGACAGAGAAGUGCGACUUGGGAGAAAUGGGGUAGAAGAAAUCAAGCAGCAUUCUUUCUUUAAGAGCGAUCAAUGGAAUUGGGAUAGCAUACGAGAAACUGCUGCUCCUGUUGUACCUGAACUCAGCAGUGAUAUUGACAGCAGCAAUUUUGAUGACAUUGAAGAUGAUAAAGGAGAUGUAGAAACCUUUCCAAUUCCCAAAGCCUUUGUGGGAAAUCAACUGCCUUUUAUAGGAUUUACGUACUACAGAGAAAAUCUGUUGCUCAGUGACUUUCCUCCAUCCUGUAGAGAAAACGAUUCAAUACAGUCAAGGAAAAAAGAGGAUAUUCAAGAGUCUGUACAGAUUCAAAAAAAAAUAUUCAUGUUAGAACAACACCUCAACAGUGAGAUCCAAGCCAAAGAUGAAGUAGAACAGAAGUACAAAUCUGUUACCACUCGACUGGAGAAGGUGACAAAGGAGCUGGAAGAUGAGGUUACUUCAAGGAAAAAUGUGGAAUCUGCUUUGAGACAGUUGGAAAGAGAGAAGGCACUUCUUCAGCAUAAGAAUGCGGAGUACCAGCGGAAAGCAGAACAUGAAGCAGAUAAAAAAAGGAAUCUGGAAAAUGAUGUUAACAGCUUGAAAGAUCAGCUUGAAGAUUUGAAAAAAAGAAAUCAAAGCUCUCAGAUAUCCAAUGAGAAAGUCAUUCAGCUUCAGAGACAACUGGAUGAAGCCAAUGCUUUACUGAGAACAGAGUCAGAUACUGCAGCCAGAUUAAGGAAGAAUCAAACAGAAAGUUCAAAGCAGAUUCAGCAACUGGAAGUUAACAACAGGGAACUACAAGACAAAAACUGCUUGCUGGAGAAUGCAAAACUUAAGCUUGAAAAAGACUUCAUCAAUCUUCAGUCAGCUCUAGAAUCGGAAAAGAGAGACCGUACUCAUGGGUCGGAGAUGAUUAGUGAUUUACAAGGUAGAAUAUCUUGUCUGGAGGAAGAAGUAAAAACUGGGAAAAGCUCUGUAGCAAAAUUGGAAAUGGAGAAGAGGCAACUACAGGAGAGAUUUACAGAUUUGGAAAAAGAAAAGAGCAAUAUGGAGAUAGACAUGACAUACAAAUUGAAAGUUAUACAGCAGAGCCUGGAACAGGAAGAAGCUGAACAUAAAGCCACAAAAGCCCGGUUAGCAGAUAAGAAUAAGAUCUAUGAAUCUAUUGAGGAGGCCAAGUCAGAAGCCAUGAAAGAAAUGGAGAAGAAACUCUUGGAAGAAAGAACUUUAAAACAGAAAGUUGAAAACCUUUUGUUGGAAGCUGAAAAAAGAUGUUCUAUGUUGGACUGUGAUCUCAAACAGUCACAACAGAAAAUAAAUGAGCUUCUUAAGCAGAAGGAUAAACUAAAUGAGGAUGUUAAGAACUUGACAUUAAAAAUAGAGCAAGAAACACAGAAGCGUUGUCUUACACAAAAUGACCUGAAAAUGCAAACGCAGCAGGUCAACACGUUGAAAAUGUCAGAGAAACAGAUAAAACAAGAAAAUAACCAUCUGAUUGAAAUAAAAUUGAGCUUGGAAAAGCAAAAUGGCGAGCUUCGCAAAGAACGGCAAGAUGCGGAUGGGCAGAUGAAAGAGCUCCAAGAUCAACUUGAAGCUGAGCAAUAUUUUUCGACUCUAUACAAAACACAAGUUCGGGAACUUAAAGAAGAAUGUGAAGAGAAGAUCAAGCUUUGUAAAGAGAUGCAGCAGAAGAUUCAGGAAUUGCAAGAUGAGAAGGACUCCUUGGCUGCACAGCUUGAGAUCACCCUGACCAAAGCUGAUUCAGAGCAGCUGGCUCGUUCCAUUGCUGAAGAACAGUACUCCGAUUUGGAAAAGGAGAAGAUCAUGAAAGAGCUGGAGAUCAAAGAGAUGAUGGCAAGACACAAGCAGGAGCUUACUGAGAAAGAUGCCACCAUAGGAUCUCUUGAAGAAGCCAAUAGAACACUAACUAGUGAUGUGGCUAAUCUGGCAAAUGAGAAAGAAGAAUUGAAUAACAAAGCGAAAGAAAUCCAGGAACAAAUUUCAAGAUUGAAAGAUGAAGAAACAAGUGUAUCCAUUAUUAAGGCACAAUAUGAGAAGCAACUGCUAAAUGAAAGAACAUUGAAAACACAGGCUGUGAAUAAAUUGGCUGAGAUCAUGAAUCGGAAGGAUCCUGUCAAACGUGGUGCUGACACUGAUGUGAGGAGGAAAGAGAAGGAGAAUAGAAAGCUGCACAUGGAACUUAAAUCUGAACGUGAAAAGUUAACUCAGAUGAUGAUCAAAUAUCAGAAGGAGAUGAAUGAAAUGCAGGCCCAAAUAGCCGAAGAAAGCCAGAUCCGGAUCGAGUUGCAGAUGACCCUGGACAGCAAGGACAGUGACAUCGAACAGCUGCGCUCCCAGCUUCAGACCAUACACAUUGGCCUGGAUAGCUCCAGUAUUGGCAGCGGACCAGGAGAGGCAGAGGCGGAUGAUGGCUUCCCAGAAUCAAGAUUAGAGGGAUGGCUUUCAUUACCUGUACGAAAUAACACUAAAAAGUUUGGAUGGGUUAAAAAGUAUGUGAUCGUAAGCAGUAAGAAGAUUCUUUUCUAUGACAGUGAACAAGAUAAAGAACAAUCUAAUCCUUAUAUGGUAUUAGAUAUAGACAAAUUGUUCCAUGUCCGUCCGGUCACACAGACAGAUGUAUAUAGAGCAGAUUCCAAAGAGAUUCCAAGGAUAUUUCAGAUAUUAUAUGCUAAUGAAGGGGAAAGCAAGAAGGAGCAAGAAUUUCCUGUGGAACCAGUGGGCGAAAAGUCUAACUGUAUUUGCCACAAAGGACAUGAAUUUAUACCCACUCUGUAUCAUUUUCCAACUAACUGUGAGGCUUGUAUGAAGCCGCUCUGGCACAUGUUUAAACCUCCUCCUGCUCUAGAGUGCCGUCGCUGCCAUAUCAAAUGUCAUAAAGAUCACAUGGAUAAGAAGGAAGAGAUUAUAGCACCUUGCAAAGUAUAUUAUGAUAUUUCAACGGCAAAGAAUCUACUACUAUUAGCCAAUUCUACAGAAGAACAGCAGAAGUGGGUUAGUCGGUUGGUGAAAAAGAUACCCAAAAAACCUCCAGCACCAGACCCUUUUGCUCGAUCAUCUCCUAGAACUUCCAUGAAGGUACAGCCAAACCAGUCUAUUCGACGGCCAAGUCGACAGCUUCCUCCAAACAAACCAAGCUAACUGCUUUCUGUGAAUGCAGUCCGUAUCCAAGGUGAUCAUUUUCUUCCUGUUUAAACCAAGACUGAAAAUUAUGAUAUCCCCAAAUUUAUUUAAAAAAGUUAUAUUUUCAUGAGAGACUGAGUUAUAGAUAUCAGAGGUUUACAAUGUUUUUUGCUGCAAUAUAAAUUACUAAUCUCGGAGGGAGGGAAUGUUUAACGGUCCUUUCAGGUGACUGAUGAAACCAAGAGUAAUUGCUAAUAGAAAAUGGAUACUGCGCGAACCCCUUUAAACUGUUGGUCCACAAAGCUCUCAGCAGACACACUACAUUUCGCAAAAGGAGUGAGAAGAGUAAGAGCUGCCACAGAAGAAAUUGUCUUUCAGCUGCAGCAGAAGUGUCACCAGCACGUUCUCAGAGAAGCGUUUGGGAGUGGGAAAGGCGUACCACAAGUGGUUUAGACUGCAUCUUUAAGAAGUGACCAUUAUACUGUGUAUAUAAUAUAUUGUACUGUAAUACUGCAAGAGGGUUUUUUAAACUUUCCACUUUAUUUUUUUAUACACAUCAAUCGGAUACCAUUACUUAUUGCAGUGGCAACUAUGCACUUGUAUAAAGCCAUAAUGUUGAAGUUUGUCUCACCCAUUCUUGUUUCAGAAGCUGCCUGUCAGUAUUCAGCAGCUAAUGUAAUAAAAAGUUGGAAGUAUAUCAUAUCAGUUUCAUAUUGCUUCAUAAUGGGCAAGGCAAUUUUACCUGUUUGCCUUAAUUUAAUUUUUUUCCAAGGUUUCUGCCCAUUUUCUAGGGGAAAAAAAGGAAAAAAGGUGUUUACCAGCUCUUAGGAUGAAAAUUUGCUUUGUGGAAGAAUAAUGAGUGCACUAUUUUUACACAUAAUAAUUAAUAUCAGAGUCAGCCUAUUUUGAAUGUAUAGCAAAUAAAUGGUUUGGAAAAAAGUGUUGGUUACAGAAACAAUAUUGGAUAGUAUUGGAACUAAUAUAUCUUUGUGUAUUUGUAAUUCUCCAUCCAGGCCUUUUUACAGACCUCAGUAUUAGUCAGAGAUUUUAUAUUACCCAUAUUAAGUGCUAUGAAACUUUGUUUUGCCUUGUUUUUUGAGUACUUUCCUAGAUACGUUUUUGUUUCUGGAAUAAAGCCUCCAUGACUGUUUUUACAUUUUCACAUAUAAUAUGUCAAAGAUCAUUACAAAUUUUCGGAAAAAAAAAAGUAAAACAUACUGCCAGUGAAUUUUACAUUUUGAAAUCCAGUUCUCUAGCACAAUGCUGAAGAUCCAGAAAGUUGUUCCAGUAAUGUGUACCUGGGAAGAAAGGGCCUCUGGGGAACUUAAUGUAAUUUUUGUGUUUGACCUGAUUUUGUACAAAAGUAUAAUUUAUGUGGGCUCAUUCAUGCUGUUUUCAUCAUUAUCCCAGAAAAUGCAUGUUUUAGACAGCUACAGUAUGCUAAAAUGUUAAACAUAUUGACAGUAAAAAAAAAAGUUAUGUAGCCUCUUACUGGUCUCUCUCUUUAUAUAUUCACAUAUAUAUUGUGUGGUAGUGUAAUGAUUAAAAUAUAUGAUCUAACAUUUCAGUGAAGGAAGUAGACAUUUCAUUGAUCCCCUCUUUAGUGACAGUUUGGAGACAGUUUGGAAAGUUAGCCCCAUAAUUGUAGAACACUAUCAUGGAAUUUAAAGACUGGCUUUUGGCCCAUGGAUGCAUUGAAACUGAAUUUUCUCUAAAUGCGUGAUUUAUUGAAUUUGCCCGUAUCCCUGUUUCCUGUGCACCCUUCAAACUAGAAUAUGCAUGUCACUUCACUUGAGGUAUUUGCCCAGUGCUGCUCUAGUUUUGAAGCACACCAUUUUUAAGUAGCAUAAAAAAUGGAAAAAAGUAAAAUUUAUAUAUAGUAAAUAUUUCCAUUCAUUAAACUCGUUUAAAUAACUGAAUGCAUAAAUAUUUUAUAUAAAGAUUUUGUUACAUUGUGGGAAGUUCUAUUAUUCUGAAUUGGAGAGUAAAUAUAUUUUUAAUAAACUUUAUUAAGGUGAAGUAGUUUGACGUUUACACAUUGGUAAAUGAGAUAUUUGCAUACAGAAGGCAAAGGUGGGUGUAUACAUUAUUUUGGCAUAUGUUGUGUAUAAUUAAGAGAACGUGGUAUUAAUAAAUUGAAGAAUCCCAGCAUCUCCCCGUACAGGAAAAAAUUACUGUGAAAAUGGUGGAAAAUUAGGCAGUUGGCUAGUAUGAGAGAAAACCUCCUUGCAACAAACUCGUCCACAUUUGGCUAGGGAGGGGUUGACAUUUUUGUGGUCGAUGUCUCAAAUAAUGAGGACUAUUUUUUGUCCCUUUCGAAAUAGGUUAAGAGGUUUACUGUUUGUCCCUUUGCAGCGUGUGUAUUGUACCCACUUUCCCCCCAAGCCCUGACUGGUUGUGACGUUGACUUGGCUUACCAACCUGAUAAUGUGCCAGUUCCCUUUUCCUGCAGACCUGGCAGAGUGGCCUCUUGAAUGCUCACUUUUACAUUCUUCAGACUGUGAAACAUUUAUAUGAUCAAAUUUGCUUCUCCAUGGUGCUGGGUGGAUAGCUCUCCCUUUUUACCUCCCUCCCUCUCUCUCCCGGAAUCAUCAAGCCUCCUUUGGAACUAGUAGCAUGAGGACUGUUUUGGGAGAGCAGAGUUAGGUAUUUAAAAAUCCACAAAGAAGAAUUUUUUAAAGAUUUAAGAAAGUUGGUUUAAAUUGAAACAGACCAUACUACUUAUGAGUAAACAGCAUUUUCUAUGCUUCUUUCGAAAAGUCGACAUUAAGCAGGAUGUUUCUCUCUCUGACACCACACACACACACACACACACACACACACACACACACACACCCCCACCCCCCCCACCACCCCCCCAAAAAAACCAAUCCAGUCUGAUCCUAUAAUUGAAAUGAAUCCAUCUUCAGAUGAGCCACCCAUGUCUCCCUUGUUUCUAAAACCUAUAAUAUGGCCAAAUUCUUGGAGAGCCAAAAUCUCAUUUAAGGCAAUGUUGCUCUUGGUAGUUUGGAGGGAAAAGAGAUUAAACAUCUAAAAUAUUGCAUUGUUUUAUUAUUGGUAUGCGCUUUAAAAGCAAUUAUAAGAUUCUUGUCUUUUUGCACGAUUCUCAUGAGAAAAAGGCACUGUGUAGUGGUUGGGAAUACAGCGGGAGCUGGGCAUGCCGACUCCCUAAUGCCUUGCGAUAGUCUCUCAAAGUCUCUGGGCCUCAGUUCCCCCAGGUUGUGCUGAAGAAAUGUUGUAGUCAAUGUUUAUAAAACACUUUGAAGACAAAGCACUGUAAAACAGUCUUGUCAUUUUCUUAGUGGGAGUCCCAUCUAGAUUUCUCCCACCCAAUUAUAAAUUUUGUUUUGAAUUGUUCUGAAUUAUGAAUUGCAUGACUUAAGUAUCAUUACAUUAUUAUUUGAUCAGAUGCCUUGAAAAAAAUAUUUCCCUGAUUUUCCUUUUUAAAAUUUUGUUGCAUAUCUGUAGCAAUGUGACUGUACCAUACGCCUGCUUUUGACAAGAAAACUAAAUAAAAUGAAUUGAUAAGUA